CCACUGAUUAACCAGAGAAGUUGAUUCUGGGCCAGUCUCGACUGAAUUCACGGCAAUUUGAUCAACAUGAACAAUCCACGAGUUAUGUUCGAUUCGCAAGAGCCGAUUGAAAGAAGUGACGACAGCGGGGCCGCUUUGCCCUCAACAACGUGCACAUUCCCCGCGACUGAAAAAACAAAAGAAAAGAGGUGUUUCAUUUCUCACAGCAGCGAAGACGCGGAGUGGAUUAAGGAAAUGAUAACAAAGCUGGAGAAGGAAAAUGAUAUUAGGUGCAUCUAUGCAGAGAGGGACUUUUACCCCGGCAAACCAAUAUUAGACAACAUUGUAACCAGCAUUAGAAAUUCUACUAUAAUCAUCGUAGCGUUGUCGCCAGCCUUUCUGGAUAGUCGGUUCUGUGAGUAUGAAACCCAAAUGGCCCUUAUGGAACAUCUGACAACAGCUCCGAAGCAGAUUGUUAGUAUUCGAUUGAAGGAGUGAGUAAUUCCCGAUUUUAUAUCUCAUCUCACCUAUCUUGACGUUGAAGAUUCUAACUUCUGGGAAAAGUUUUUGUUAAUUCUGAAAACAGGCACAACAGGAGGUGUUGGAUCCCAAUUCGCAUCGACACUAAACAAGUACAAUGGUAAAAAUGUCUGGUGUAUACCGUUCAGCGCGUAUGCCUGGAGCGGUUUUGACUAUGAGGGUUUACAUAAAACACUUUCAUCAAAGGGAAUUCGGGUACCGAAAAAUGUAACAACAAAUGCUCUUGACCACGUAUGGCACAACGUACAAUUUGUCUUCAUGAAUUGGUUUAGCAAAAUACUGCUGUUAGCCAACUACUUCAAUUCAGCAUUAUUAAUAAUACCAUUGAUACUAAUUGUACUGUGUUAUAAGUUAUUCAAUGAUGUCAUUAUUGCCAUGAUAUACUACGCAAUAUUGGGCAUUUUAUUAAUUUCUAUCUUAUCUGGGAUUUUUUUGAACUGGGCAACUAAUUCGUUUAAGGAACUAUCAUACACAGUGAAUGAACGCCUAAUAGACCAUGGUUUAAUAACUGCAUUUCAUUGGAAUGAAGUGGACAUUAAUUACCGUUAUCUCAUGCAGUUAGACUUCAUCUACUUCAAAUCAAACAUGUGCUUAGAAUAUCUAAAAAUGUAUCUUGAUGAACGAUGUGAGAAAGAAAAAAAAGAAAAUGAAAAACGACCCUUGCUUUCUAUUUCUCAACGCUUCCGGAGAGAACCAAAAGACGAGAUAAAAAAUACAUCUGACAUUGCCAAGAAAGAAUUGAUCAAGAUUAGUAGUCUGUAUGUACACAAGCUAAUGAAUCGAACGUUACUACAUCCAGUCACUGGACAUCGUCACGCCACAACCGGCAUGUGCCUGUGUCAACUUGUACAAGCGGAAGUGUACGAAGAAACCAUCUGAGUCAAUAGAGUGAUGUAAUUGCGGGCGACCUAUAGAACUGUCAUUUAGUACAACAUAAUUAUGCACAAACCUCUAAUUCCAUGUACACCUGUUUGAACUCGAGUUCUUAUUUUGACAGGUUCUCUGAAUGUAUUUUAUAUACCACAUAGCAUAGAGUCGAAAUAUUUCACGUAUUUAUUUAUUUACAUAUAUGUUGUAUAUAUGACUUAAUCUGGAAAAGUACUGUAGGUUUUGUGGAACACAUAUGAUAUUGGGAUGAUAAAAAUAGUUUCCAAAUAUGUUUUGGGGGAAAUAGUUAUUAGAAAAUAUGAGUGCUGUAUAUUUAUUAAAUAAAAUUAUGUAAAAUAAAUUAGAAAUGUAGAAGUUAUAAAAGA